CAGCCAAGACCAAGACCAAAAAACUCCCAUGUAAACAAAACACACGUGGCCGAAGCGGAAAAAAGAGAAAAAUAUUGAUAAACGGAGGAAUAGAAGGGAAUAGAAUAGCGAUAGAAGGGAGGCAGACACGUGAAUAGAUAGAGGAAGAGUGAUAGAAGAAGAGGGGAAAGGAAGAGGAAGAUAAGAGGAGGAGGAAGAGGAGAACAACCUUAUUUAUCUUUGCCACACAGCGACGGCAGUGAUGGUGGUGGUGGAGGUGUGUGGUGACCUGACCCUGCUGUCCGCCGGCAGGUCACUCAUCAUCUACGACCAAAGCACAUCAACAUCGAGGGUCAUAAACGCAUUUGCCGAGACCAACAACAGUGAAAAUGGAAGAGCGGAAGACGAUGGAGAGAAGAAGAAGGAAGAGGAAGGAGGAGGAGGAGGAGGAGGAGGAGGAGGAGAGAUAAAUAAGAAGAAAGAAGAAGAAGAAGAUGCUGAUGAUCGGAAGGAAGAUGGAGAUGGAGGUGAAGGAAGGAAGGAGGAGGAGGAGGAGGAGGAGGAGGAGAAGGGAAGAAAGGAGGAGAAUGGGAAGACUGAUAAAGAAGGGAAGAAGAGGAACAACAAAAACAACAACAACAGCAAACCAGACAACCGCCACAUCACAGCCGCCAAGUUCUCCCCAUGUGGGCGGUGGUUGGCGGUUGGCGGAAGUUGCAAGGUGGUUGAAAUUUGGCGGGUUGGCGAAUGGCGGAUGGCGGCCGCCCACCGACUGCCCAAGAAACCCACGGCGCUGGCGGUGACGGAUGACUCCACUUGUGUUUAUGUGGCGGACAGAGCAGGUGAUGUCUAUAAGUUUGACCUCCCCUCUACUACUACUACUACUACUACUACUACUUCUGCGGAGGGAACUAUCAAGCCUGUUUUGGGUCAUCUGUCUAUUCUUCUGGAUUUGGCUAUCACCCCAGACGGACAGUACCUGGCCACCUGUGAUCGAGAUGAGAAGGUGCGCUUAUCACACCUGUCUCACCCCUGCCUGAUACACACCUUCCUGCUGGGCCAUAAGGAGUUCGUGACGGCCCUCGCACCCCUCUCGGAGCGACCCCCAUACCUGUUGUCCUGCUCUGGGGAUGGAACGAUCAAACUCUGGAACUACGCGGAGGGAAAAUGUCUCUCUACCCUCGAUGUCUCUCCGUUUCUUUCCUCCGCUUCCUCCACCAUCACGGAAGCGGAGGAGAAGGAGAGAAAAAGCCCCUCCACCCCUCCAUCUCCUUCCACUCCUGCUGUUAAGAAGAUAUUAGCUAUUUCUUCCUCCUCCUCCUCCUCCUCCUCCUCCUCCUCCUCCUCCUCCUCUUCUUCUUCUUCCUUCCUGGUUGCUGCCCUUGUCUAUAGGGCAAAAGAAGUCUUACUCUGCAAAGUGGAGGAUGGUCAUCUCCACUUCAUCUCCACCACUCCACUUCGAGGAGAACCAAGUGGAGGAGCCUGGAGGAGGAGGAGGAGGAGGAGGAAGACCAGCGGAGGAGGAGGAAGGGAGGAAGAGGAGGUGGAGCUGGUUCUUGUGGUGGAGGAUGGAAGAGAAGGAGGAGAAGGAGGAGGAGGAGGGGUGGAGAUGGAGGUUGUGGAAGAUAAGGAGAAGGAGGAGGAGGAGGAUGUUCUUGUGGUGGAAGAUGGAAGAGGAAGAGGAGGAGGAGGAGGAGGAGGAGGAGGAGAGGUGGUGGUGAUGAAGGUGGUGGAAGAUAAGCUGGAGGAGGAGGAGGAGGAGGAGGAGGAAGAAGAGGAGGAGAAGGGCUUGGUCGGGCUGAGAAGAAGAUAUCGCCAGUUGUCCAAAGCAGGAGCCCCGAGCAUUCAAGGAGGUGUGGAAUUUCUAUACAAGCAGAAAUUUGACAACAUCGGAGAAUACCUGAAAAAGAAGAAGGAGAGGAUGGAGUUGAUGGAGAUCGGGCUGCCAUUGACGAAGAGGGGACGCUUUCUCAAGUGAAGAAGAUGGAGGAGGAGGAGGAGGAGAUAGAUAAUUUGAAGAUAAUACGAUAGAUAGGGAAGCUGGUGAUCGUAGAAAUGCUGAAGAUAGUGAUGAUUGCUAAAAUGAAGAUAGGGUGGCAAUGAUGAUGAUAGGAAUGAGGAUAAAGAAAAGUUGACGAUGGAAAAAAUAAUGAUGGAAAUGAUGGUAUUUUAAAAGAUGGAUACCUAGCCUUUUCUAAGCACUCAAAGGGAUAGAAGAUGUGUGUUAUCGUCCCCCAGAAGAUGGAGGAGAUACCAAGCCUUUUCUAAGCACUCAAAGGGAUAGAAGAUGUGUGUUAUCGUCACCAAGAAGAUGGAGGAGAUACCAAGCCUUUUCUAAGCAGUCAAAGGGAUAGAAGAUGUGUGUUAUCGUCCCCCAGAAGAUGGAGGAGAUACCAAGCCUUUUCUAAGCACUGAAAGGGAUAGAAGAUGUGUGUUAUCGUCACCAAGAAGAUGGAGGAGAUACCAAGCCUUUUCUAAGCACUCAAAGGGAUAGAAGAUGUGUGUUAUCGUCACCAAGAAGACGGAGGAGAUACCAAGCCUUUUCUAAGCACUCAAAGGGAUAGAAGAUGUGUGUUAUCGUCCCCCAGAAGAUGGAGGAGAUACCAAGCCUUUUCUAAGCACUCAAAGGGAUAGAAGAUGUGUGUUAUCGUCACCCAGAAGAUGGAGGAGGAGGAGGAGGAGGAGGAGGAGAUGGUGUGAGUAUUGAUGGUUGUAGGAGAAAGUCUCAUUGAUGGUGAAGAUUCUGUGCAGAUGAAGAUGAUUAAGAUGACAAUAGAUAAGAGAUGAUGUAAAGAUGCUGACAAGAUAGAAGAUAUGAUGAUAAGGGGGAGUGAAGGAUAAUGAUGGGGAGGAUAAUAGUGAGAUAUCUUUUGUAAUUACUGAAAGAAAAAUAAAGGAAAAAAAUACUG